AUGAGCAUCCAGUCCCCACACAGACUACUGAAACUGGCAAUUCAGAGUCUGCUGACAGACAAGGCCUUGGCCAUGAGGGCCAUGGAGGAUUUGCCAGGAGAGCUCUUCCCACCAGUGUUCAUGGAGGCCUUCACCAGGGGACACACUGAAGUGCUCAAGGCCAUGGUGCUGUCCUGGCCAUUUCCCUACCUGCCUGUGGGGGCCCUGAUAAGCAUGUGGAAAUCAAGGAAGUUAAACACUCAGGUGGAUGUUGUCCAGGUGCAGAAGAAGAUGUUACAAGCUGUGCUUGGUGGGGUCGACGUGCUGCUGAGCCAGAAGCUUUGUUCCAGGAGGUUGAAAUUGCAAGUGCUAGAUAUGCGGGAUGAGAACUGGGAUUUCUGGAGAGUCUGGGCUGCAAAUGAAUUGGAAGAGCGCUCCUCAGAACUCAGGAGGAAGAGAAAAACAGAGAAGACUCCACCAAAGAUAGCAAAACAGCAAACACUUACAAUGACUUUAGAUCUGUGGCUUAGUGAAAAAUAUGGGCGUCCAUUCCAAUCCUACCUUCUCAAGUGGGCCCAAGAGAGGAAAGACCUAAUGCGAAACCUUCACAAGCUAGUUUUGUGUGAAAUCUCUGUGAUUCCUAUUCCCAUCAUUCACCCAGAGAAAAGAGAUCAGUGGAUCACCCAAAUCAUGUCUCAACUUCAUAAGCUUGGACAUCUACAAGAGAUUUAUAUGAAAUCUGUCUCCUUCAUGGAAGGCCACCUUGACCUAAUACUCAGGUGCCUGACGUGCCCCUUGGAGACUCUCUCACUUACUUACUGCCUGCUUUCACAUACUGACUGGAACCGGAUGCCUCACUUGGAAAUCACCAGACACCUAAAACACUUGGAUUUGAGUUAUACCAGGCUGACUGACUUGUGUCCUGAGCCCCUCCAAAUACUCCUGGAGAAUGUUGCAGCCACCCUGAGUAUCCUGCAUUUGGAAAAUUGUGGGAUCACAGAUGCGCAGCUCUCUGCCUUAUUGCCGGCCCUGAGCUGCUGCUCCCAGCUCACUGCCUUCUGCUUCAUAAGGAAUUUCAUUUCCAUAGACACCACGAAGAGCCUGCUGUGCCACACCGCCAGGAUGAGCAACUUAAGGCUGGAGCUACACUCUGUUCCUCAAGAGGUUUACAUUCCCUGGAAUGGUGUCAACCAGCAGAUACAGAACCACAAUGAGGAUGUUUACAAGUACACAGAACAUGUGAUACACUACAGAGACUUGGGACAAUGGACCUUCUCCCUCACAAUCAACACACUUCCCAUGUUCUCAGGAAGAGAAGACAGCAGGGACACAGUGCACAAAUGCAACAUGGUUUUCCAUGUGGCCACCAGCUCUUCAGAAUUCCUCAGAAAAGCAGAGCUCUGGCAGCCAACGGGGUUGCCAGGGGAGCACAAGACUGGCUCCAUCCCUAGUGCAGCUGGUUCCAAGCUAUGGGGCAAGCCUGCCCUCUGCUGGUGA